UCUCCCGAAAUGUGUUUGUCAAUCUUGUUUGGUGUGGCUUCACAGCGUGGCGCAUAUUACUAAGAGUGUUAAAAUUGUUUCCAUCACAACCAUUAGUGUACUCUGUCACCCAGUACGCCUUGCAGUCGUGUGCGUGUUGCCGCGGAAGCCACACACAACAUGUUGCAAGACUGACAAGCAGAUCAUACAUGUUGUAGAAGGCGACAAAGUCAAUGGCUUCAUAGCACGCCCUAAUACUUAUUAUCAGGGUGACUACCGGCAGUCCUUAUAGUGCGUCUCCCAUUGUCUUCUUCGCUUUGUGACAGGGUUCUUAAAUGGCUCUUUGAAUGGCAAAGGAUGCCGAUCCCAGAACCAUGUAUAUCAAAUAUUUCCGGAUGGUUCAACCGCCACCCGCCCAAAUCUAAUUAAAAUCUAUUUUUUCGUCAUGUCACCCGCCCGACCCGCGGAUGAGACCGCAAACCGCGCAUCUCUACUGUGCACUUAAGAUGUGACUAAGGUUUUAUUACUUAGGUAUAAAAUACUACACGGUCUAGCUCCAUCCUAUCUUGCUGAUUGUAUUGUACCAUAUGUCCCGGCAAGAAAUCUGCCUUCAAAGAACGCAGAUUAUUAUUAUUAGUGAUUCCCAGAGCCCAAAAAAAGGCUGCAGGCUAAAGAGCAUUUUUUAUUGGGGCUCCAGUACUCUGGAAUGUUCUACAGAUAACAGUUAGAGAUGCUACCUCAGUAGAAGCUUUUAAGUCCCAUCUUAAAACUCAUUUGUAUACUCUAGCCUUUAAAUAGACCCCCUUUUUAGACCAGUUGACCUGCCGUUUCUUUUCUUUUCUGCUCUGCCCCCCUCUCCCUUGUGGAAGGGGGGCCACAGGUCCGGUGGCCAUGGAUGAAGUGCUGGCUGUCCAGAGUCAGGACCCAGGGUGGACCGCUCACCUGUUAAUCGGUUGGGGACAUCUCUGUGCAGCUAACCCGUCUUCGCUCGGGAUGGUCUCCUGCUGUCCCCACUAUGAACUGGACUCUUACUAGUCUGUUAGAUCCACUAUGGACUGGACUCUCACACUAUUAUGUUAGAUCCACUAUGGACUGGACUCUCACACUAUUAUGUUAGAUCCACUAUGGACUGGACUCUCACACUAUUAUGUUAGAUCCACUAUGGACUGGACUCUCACACUAUUAUGUUAGAUCCACUAUGGACUGGACUCUCACACUAUUAUGUUAGAUCCACUAUGGACUGGACUCUCACACUAUUAUGUUAGAUCCACUAUGGACUGGACUCUCACACUAUUAUGUUAGAUCCACUAUGGACUGGACUCUCACUAUUAUGUUAGAUCCACUGUGGACUGGACUCUCACUAUUAUGUUAGAUCCACUAUGGACUGGACUCUCACACUAUUAUGUUAGAUCCACUAUGGACUGGACUCUCACACUAUUAUGUUAGAUCCACUAUGGACUGGACUCUCACACUAUGUUAGAUCCACUAUGGACUGGACUCUCACACUAUUAUGUUAGAUCCACUACGGACUGGACUCUCACACUAUUCAGUUAGAUCCACUAUGGACUGGACUCUCACUAUUAUGUUAGAUCCACUAUGGACUGGACUCUCACUAUUAUGUUAGAUCCACUAUGGACUGGACUCUCACACUAUUAUGUUAGAUCCACUAUGGACUGGACUCUCACACUAUUAUGUUAGAUCCACUAUGGACUGGACUCUCACACUAUUAUGUUAGAUCCACUAUGGACUGGACUCUCACUAUUAUGUUAGAUCCACUAUGGACUGGACUCUCACUAUUAUGUUAGAUCCACUAUGGACUGGACUCUCACACUAUUAUGUUAGAUCCACUAUGGACUGGACUCUCACACUAUUAUGUUAGAUCCACUAUGGACUGGACUCUCACACUAUGUUAGAUCCACUAUGGACUGGACUCUCACACUAUUAUGUUAGAUCCACUACGGACUGGACUCUCACACUAUUCAGUUAGAUCCACUAUGGACUGGACUCUCACUAUUAUGUUAGAUCCACUAUGGACUGGACUCUCACUAUUAUGUUAGAUCCACUAUGGACUGGACUCUCACUAUUAUGUUAGAUCCACUAUGGACUGGACUCUCACUAUUAUGUUAGAACCACUAUGGACUGGACUCUCACACUAUUAUGUUACAUCCACUAUGGACUGGACCCUCACACUAUUAUAUUAGAUCCACUAUGGACUGGACUUUGACAGUAUUAUGCUAGAUCCACUCGACAUCCAUUGCAUCUGGUCUCCCUUAGAGAGGGGGCGGGGGGAGAGUCACCCAAAUCUACGGUCCUCUCCAAGGUUUCUCAUAGUCAUUCUCAUUGACAUCCCACUGGUUUGUGAGUUUUUAGUUGCCCUUAUGUGGGAUCUGAACCAAGGAUGUCAUUGUGACUUGUGCAGCCCUUUGAGACACUUGUGAUUUAGGGCUAUAUAAAUAAACAUUGAUUGAUUGAUUGAGCCAAUUUAGUGUUUGGAGGUGGGUAGAAGCCCGAGUACCCGGAGGGAACCUACGCAGUCACAUAAUUGAAUUGAAUUGAAUUAUAUUUAUAUAGCGCUUUUCUCUAGUGACUCAAAGCGCUUUACAUAGUGAAACCCAAUAUCUAAGUUACAUUUAAACCAGUGUGGGUGGCACUGGGAUAUAAUGACUAAAAUAAAUACAGUAGCGUAGUAGGCCUAAAAAGUCAUUAAAACCCCAGACAGAGGUUUUAUUUAACAAGUAUAUGUAAAAUGUUGAGGCUUCCAGCAACCACAAAAAAGGGACAAGCGGUAGAAAAUGGAUGGAUGGAUGUAAAAUUUUGGCCAGUGUAACAUUACACACCGUUUGAACGGUUACACUGUCUUGGAAUAUUGGUACCACAUACACUUAGCACACUCUGAGAAUCCCUGCUGAUGGAACCUCAAGAUGUUCCACAUAUUGACUCAAUAUUUAUAGAACAGGAUUCAUUUUUUCAGUGUUUUUAUUUUUAUUUUUUGUAACACAAGUGUAAGGCAGCGGCUUGAGAAAAAUAAAGAAAGCUUUUCCUUACAAAGUACUGUAUUAGCAAUAUGGUUCGUGUUUCAGGCACUGUGCAUCGUCUGACUGUGAGGCACAUUAUCUCAGGUACUCCUUUGAAUAAAUGACGCUCGUACUAAUCAUUCUGGCUGCUUUCUCUUCCACCUGCUUUGUGGCACAUGUCCCCUUUUACCCCGAUAGUCACCUGAUCCUGACGCUGCAGUAACCAUAGCAACAACCUGUAUAAUUUAUUGCCUCACAGGCGGCAAAACCAUGGAGCAGGUAAAAUGUUGGGUGGCUGUGUUUGUUUAUUCCGUGUCGUUGAUGCUUGGUGUGUGUCGGUGUGUUUGUAUUUGUGGAUGUUUCAGGGCUGCAGGUGUGCUCUGGUCCAGUCCACAAGACUCUCCUCUGAGGAUGUGAGUCGUCUCUACACAAAUGUUUUCCAUGAGUUCUGCAGCAUGGAAGAAGUACACGUGGCCAUGAAGAAGGUUAGAGAAGGAGACAGUCAGUGGUCGUGCGUUGGUGAACACCUUCUGGACGUCAUCACCGAAAUGAAGACCGCAAAGGAGAGGAAAGAAAAGUUGUACUGGGAAGGUCAGCUGCUCAAUGCCGGACAACAUGUCAACUCCCACGCAGCGACGUGUCCUCACCCAAGCUCCAACACGUCCUGCUGGGGUCACACCAGCAGCACUCCGGGGAAGACCAGGGUGGAGGAAGAGGAGCAACUGUGCAGUGAGAGAAGUCUCCGCAAGGCAGCCAGACACAGCUGGGCUAAGUCUGAUCCUGCAAAUAUGACAUUUGUGACAUACCUAAAUCCAUGCUUAGUCCUUUUAAAUUGCAAUGUGUUCAGAUUGGUGACUGAGGGUGUGCGUGGCAUGCUGGCCUCUCCCAGGCAACGUCACAGCACAGGGGUCAGAGGUCAAGCCUGGGGCUGUAUGUCCGCGUCGGAUGUCCUCCGCUUGACGGACGUAAAGUAUGACGUCAUCGCUCGUUUGCUUUACGCUGACAUGCUGCAGGAACACCACAACGCGGACGUGUGGGAGGCUCUGUCGCCAUGGCAACGGCGCGAAGAAGAAGUUCGGCUCGGGGAUCUUGCGGAGGAGGCGUUGGAGGACGACGACGUGCUCCGAUUGGCUGAACUGCCAGGAGCAUUCAGAAUAUACAGGACGUGUUCAGAGUCCAGUAGAGGGUGUGUCACUGCGGUCUCUCUCCUCUACAAGUUCAACACGUCACGCCAACAGGAAAAGGCGAGCCUAACAGUUCUGGCAGAGAGGCUGGACAAGGAAAGUCUGAGCCUGAUGAGCUUGCAUGUCAGGCUGGCAACGCUCAAAGCUGAAAGGGAAGAAACAUGCAAUGCUGCGUAUUUGGUAGCACAACAAUGUUGGGACAUGUGGCCACAAGUUUACAGUCCAUGCAGAGAAGAGCAGGCUGCUUCACUGCUGCACAGUCCAGAUGUAGAAGAACACCUAAGAGACUGCCAGUUAUCACAGCAGACCUUCCUGCAAUUGCUGGUGCUCAGCCAGGAGCAGACGAGGAAGCAGCUGGUCCACUUGCUACAUGGCGUCACCUUAGAGGAUGUGCAAAAACCCGCUCCCACAAAGUCUCCUAAAGCAGAUUGCGUCAAAAGGCUGCAACAAAUCCGCCACACCUGUGAAAGGAGCAGCGAGAUAAAGAAAGCCCUGUCUGACAUCUGCGGAACCCCGACGGAGUGGUCCCAGGACCAGCUGGAACAGGUGUCCUUGAGACUCUUGACACAUGUUCUGGAGCUGCAGGAGAAGCAGACGUCGUCGUUGCUUCAAGAUCUGAUGAACAAGGGUGAGCAGCACCUUCAAGGACUUCAAGAAGAGUAUGAAUCCAAACUGCGAGAAGACCAACACGGCAAUCUUCUCCAACUCAUCAGCACAGAAGCGUCUUCCACGACUUCAGACACUCAUUGGAUUCAGGAACAAGUCCCAGAUCAGGGGACUUGUAGUGGACCCGCAGAGAACCAGAACCUCACCGCUGGAUCUCCUCGAUCUCUGACCACAACCAGCAGUCACGCAGAUGGAGGCCAAACUGAGGGUGUACCUAAUAAACAGGCUGUUUGUGCAGGGUGUGGAUUGACACUUGGGGGUCCGCCCUACUUGGAGGUCUCCUGUGUGGCAGCUGAAGUGGAUGAAGAAGCUGAGGAUGAGGAGGAAAGUCAAACAAAGAAGCAGAAGGAUGAGGAAGAGGAUGCUCUCGACACUCUGACUCGGAGCUCACAGCCAGAGGACCACGUUCGUCCUGAGGAAGACUCCGUCAACGUCCAAACGGAGACUUUGGAAGGACAAAGCACGGCUGGGAAACCGGAGAUGGAGAAGUUGAGGUCUUGUCUGAGUCCCAUCCCCCACUCCGUCUUAGAACCGCGUCACCCGGGCCCUGCAAUGUCCAGUCAGAUAGUCCAAAAGGGCGAGAUGAAGAAACACUGCAGCAAAGCAGAGAGGAAGACGGGCCGGUCUUCACCCGCGCAGGACCGGCCGCUGGUGUCUUCGCUGGAACGAGAGAAGACGGUGCGUAAACUGGUGGACGUGCACAGGCGGGCGGAGAGGAAGCGGCAGCGAGACCGAGAACGUCACCAUCUGCGGGUCCAGGAACGUCUGUCCAUCAUCCAGAGCAGGAAGGCCGAAGACCAGGUCUUUGAGCGUAGACACAGAGACAGCAUGAGACAUCUGACAAAAGAGCUUUCCCAGGAGGACAAAAGUCAGCAGAAGACUUUGGUCAGGGAAAAACUGGAGCAGCUCAGAAGAGAACGUUCAUUUAUCAUGCAGUCCAGAAGAAACAAGAAUGCAGCGGGACUGAAGGAACUCUUGGAGCCCGUACAAGUCCACAGCACACCUCAGGACCCUCACACUUCAACUUGAACUUCCUGCUGCUGCUCUGGUAAACACCUUCUUCUUCUUUGCUGUCAUGGCAACAUCUUCUUCUUCUUUGCUGUCAUGGCAACAUCAAAACACUUUAACUGCUCCAAUUAUAUGUAUUACAGAUCAAAGUUGAAGCAGCAUUAUGUAACAGACAGCCAAGUUAUAUUCUCACUGGACUUUUAAUUUAUCACUUUACACCAGCUGUGUGCACAUCGACACAUUUUAUCGGAUUAAAUGGGUAACCGGAAUAAAAAUGCUCUGAGCAAACACACCAUUCAGAAUAUUCUGACCCCAUCGCACGCGUUCGGAUCAAAAUUGCAUUCGGAUCGAGACACGUGGUUUAUCAAAAUCAUAAAUACUUUAGCAAUCCCCAAGGGGAAAUUGUGAUUCUCAUUACAAUCCCAUUCAAGAUCAGACAAACAUUACAGGGAGACAGAACAGGAUCAAACAUUACAGGGAGACAGAAGAGGAUCAAACAUUACAGGGAGACAGAAGAGGAUCAAACAUUACCGGGACACAGAAGAGGAUCAAACAUUGCAGGGAGACAGAAUAGGAUCAAAUAUUGCAGGGAGACAGAAUAGGAUCAAAUAUUGCAGGGAGACAGAAUAAGAUCAAACAUUGCAGGGAGACAGAACUGGAUCAAACAUUACAGGGAGACAGAACUGGAUCAAAUAUUACAGAGAGACAGAACUGGAUCAAACACAACCGGGAGACAGAACAGGAUCAAACAUUACAGGGAGACAGAAGAGGAUCAAAUAUUACAGGGAGACAGAAGAGGAUCAAACAUUGCAGAGAGACAGAAGAGGACCAAACAUUACAGGGAGACAGAAGAGGACCAAACAUUACAAGGAGACAGAAGAGGAUCAAACAUUACAGGGAGACAGAAGAGGAUCAAACAUUACAGGGAGACGGAAGAGGAUCAAACAUUACAGGGAGACGGAAGAGGAUCAAACAUUACAGGGAGACGGAAGAGGAUCAAACAUUACAGGGAGACGGAAGAGGAUCAAACAUUACAGGGAGACGGAAGAGGAUCAAACAUUACAGGCAGACAGAAGAGGAUCAAACAUUACAGAGAGACAGAACUGGAUCAAACAUUACAGGGAGACAGAACAGGAUCAAACAUUACAGGGAGACAGAACAGGAUCAAACAUUACAGAAAGACAGAACAGGAUCAUACAUUACAGAAAGACAGAAGAGGAUCGCACAUUACAGGGAGACAGAACAGGAUCAAACAUUACAGGGAGACAGAACUGGAUCAAACAUUACAGGGAGACAGAACAGGACUAAACAUUACAGGGAGACAGAACAGGACUAAACAUUACAGGGAGACAACAGGAUUGCUCCGAGCAAACACACCAUUCAGAAUAUUCUGACCCCAUCGCACGCGUUUGGAUCAAAAUUGCAUUCGGAUCGAGACACGUGGUUUAUCAAAAUCAUAAAUACUUUAGCAAUCCCCAAGGGGAAAUUGUGAUUCUCAUUACAAUCCCAUUCAAGAUCAGACAAACAUUACAGGGAGACAGAACAGGAUCAAACAUUACAGGGAGACAGAAGAGGAUCAAACAUUACAGGGAGACAGAAGAGGAUCAAACAUUACCGGGAGACAGAAGAGGAUCAAACAUUGCAGGGAGACAGAAUAGGAUCAAAUAUUGCAGGGAGACAGAAUAGGAUCAAAUAUUGCAGGGAGACAGAAUAGGAUCAAACAUUGCAGGGAGACAGAACUGGAUCAAACAUUACAGGGAGACAGAACUGGAUCAAAUAUUACAGAGAGACAUAACUGGAUCAAACACAACAGGAGACAGAACAGGAUCAAACAUUACAGGGAGACAGAAGAGGAUCAAAUAUUACAGGGAGACAGAAGAGGAUCAAACAUUACAGAGAGACAGAAGAGGACCAAACAUUACAGGGAGACAGAAGAGGACCAAACAUUACAAGGAGACAGAAGAGGAUCAAACAUUACAGGGAGACAGAAGAGGAUCAAACAUUACAGGGAGACAGAAGAGGAUCAAACAUUAAAGGGAGACAGAAGAGGAUCAAACAUUACAGGGAGACAGAAGAGGAUCAAACAUUACAGGGAGACGGAAGAGGAUCAAAUAUUACAGGGAGACGGAAGAGGAUCAAACAUUACAGGGAGAUGGAAGAGGAUCAAACAUUACAGGCAGACAGAAGAGGAUCAAACAUUACAGAGAGACAGAACAGGAUCAAACAUUACAGGGAGACAGAACAGGAUCAAACAUUACAGAAAGACAGAACAGGAUCAUACAUUACAGAAAGACAGAAGAGGAUCGCACAUUACAGGGAGACAGAACAGGAUCAAACAUUACAGGGAGACAGAACUGGAUCAAACAUUACAGGGAGACAGAACAGGACUAAACAUUACAGGGAGACAGAACAGGACUAAACAUUACAGGGAGACAACAGGAUUAAACAUUACAGGGAGACAGAACAGGAUCAAACAUUACAGGGAGACAGAACAGGACUAAACAUUACAGGGAGACAGAACAGGACUAAACAUUACAGGGGAGACAGAACAGGAUCAAACAUUACAGGGAGACAGAACAGGAUCAAACAUUACAGGGAGACAGAACAGGAUCAAAAAUUACAGGGAGACAGAACAGGAUCAAACAUCACUGAGAUGCAGAAGAGGAUCAAACAUCACAGGGAGGCAGAAGAGUAUCAAACAUCACAGGGAGACAGAAUAGGAUCAAACAUCCCAGGGAGACAGAAGAGGAUCAAACAUUACAGGGAGACAGAAGAGGAUCAAAUAUUACAGGGAGACGGAAGAGGAUCAAACAUUACAGGGAGAUGGAAGAGGAUCAAACAUUACAGGCAGACAGAAGAGGAUCAAACAUUACAGAGAGACAGAACUGGAUCAAAAAUUACAGGGAGACAGAACAGGAUCAAACAUUACAGGGAGACAGAACAGGAUCAAACAUUACAAGGAGACAGAAGAGGAUCAAACAUUACAGGGAGACAGAAGAGGAUCAAACAUUACAGGGAGACAGAAGAGGAUCAAACAUUACAGGGAGACAGAAGAGGAUCAAACAUUACAGGGAGACAGAAGAGGAUCAAACAUUACAGGGAGACGGAAGAGGAUCAAAUAUUACAGGGAGACUGAAGAGGAUCAAACAUUACAGGGAGAUGGAAGAGGAUCAAACAUUACAGGCAGACAGAAGAGGAUCAAACAUUACAGAGAGACAGAACUGGAUCAAACAUUACAGGGAGACAGAACAGGAUCAAACAUUACAGGGAGACAGAACGGGAUCAAACAUUACAGAAAGACAGAACAGGAUCAUACAUUACAGAAAGACAGAAGAGGAUCGCACAUUACAGAGAGACAGGAGAGGAUCGCACAUUACAGGGAGACAGAACAGGAUCAAACAUUACAGGGAGACAGAACAGGACUAAACAUUACAGGGAGACAGAACAGGACAAAACAUUACAGGGAGACAGAACAGGACUAAACAUUACAGGGAGACAACAGGAUUAAACAUUAUAGGGAGACAGAACAGGACUAAACAUUACAGGGAGACAGAACAGGACUAAACAUUACAGGGGAGACAGAACAGGAUCAAACAUUACAGGGAGACAGAACAGGAUCAAAAAUUACAGGGAGACAGAACAGGAUCAAACAUCACUGAGAUGCAGAAGAGGAUCAAACAUCACAGGGAGGCAGAAGAGUAUCAAACAUCACAGGGAGACAGAACAGGAUCAAACAUCACAGGGAGACAGAACAGGAUCAAACAUUACAGGGAGACAGAACAGGACCAAACAUUACAGGGAGACAGAAGAGGAUCAAACAUCACAGGCAGACCGAAGAGGAUCAAAUAUCACAGGGAGACAGAACAGGAUCAAACAUUACAGCGAGACAGAACAGGACUAAACAUUACAGGGAGACAGAACAGGAUUAAACAUUACAGGGAGACAGAACAGGAUUAAACAUUACAGGGAGACAGAACAGGACUAAACAUUACAGGGAGACAGAACAGGACUAAACAUUACAGGGAGACAGAACAGGAUCAAACAUUACAGGGAGACAGAACAGGAUUAAACAUUACAGGGAGACAGAACAGGACUAAACAUUACAGGGAGACGGAACAGGACUAAACAUUACAGGGAGACAGAACAGGAUCAAACAUUACAGGGAGACAGAACAGGACCAAACAUUACAGGGAGACAGAAGAGGAUCAAACAUCUCAGGGAGACAGAAGAGGAUCAAAUAUCACAGGGAGACAGAACAGGAUCAAACAUUACAGGGAGACAGAACAGGAUUAAACAUUACAGGGAGACAGAACAGGAUCGCUGAAGGCUCUGCCAACUUCUCGCACCCCUUAAAAAAAAGUGAGAAACGGGUAAAGUUUCUAUUAAAAAAACUCAUUGCCAUAACACACAUAAGCGUGUGUAAGAGGGAGACUCCAUUUAAUACACUUUGGUGGCAGAAAAGGGAAAUUACGUUCAAUACACUUUUUUGGUGGAGGGAGACUAUAUUUAAUACACUUUGGUGGUAGAAGUAGACUAUAUUUAAUAGUAUCGGAAUAAAGCGAUUGUCUUCCUGUUGUCUCCCACAGUCAACAUGAACAUAAGUAGCGUUAUAUAUUGUUUGUUGCUUUAAAACGAGACUUGCAAAAACAAAAGUAUGUUCGUCAGAGCGCCAACAAACACACUAUGACGUCAUAAAGACGGCCACAACUCGUCCAUAAUCCCAACAUAAAAAAUAAAAAACAGUGCUGUUUCAAAAAGAGGCACAACAAAAGUGGUGAAGAGAAGGGAAGAAAGAUAAAUGAACAUCAUAAGAACGUUGGACAGGCAGAAAUGCACAAAGCCGUGUUUUGGAUAACAAUUCAAGACCACAGCUUCGUCAGCACAUGCAGUGAGGGAUUUUGUCCACAGGAUGGCGCCAAAACACAAAUAAAACUUCUCCGAUUGUAAGGUUCUGCGCAUGUCUCUGUAUUCCGAUUUAAAGUGUGACGCAUGGAAAGGUCCGUCAUAAUCCGAUCAUUGUUUCAGGGUCCAAGUACACGGCAACGAUGAUGAGAUUAAUUAAAUGUUGUCCAUGGACGCGCGGCGAGUGACGGGCGCUUGUAGCUGAAUAACGUUUGGAUAUAAAUGAGUCGUCUUAUUUUAAUAUUACACCUAUUAUACUGUAGCCGAGUGUCCUGGGUUCGCCUAUACUGUGUACUUAUAUAAUACAAUAAUAAACAGGAGACAUUAGGGCAGGUCCAGUAGCCACCACUUCUUUGAUGUGAAUUUUACGUCUCUCUUUUACGCAGAAUGUAAGUGAAGUGAAUUAUAUUUAUAUAGCGCUUUUCUCUAGUGACUCAAAGCGCUUUACAUAGUGAAACCCAAUAUCUAAGUUACAUUUAAACCAGUGUGGGUGGCACUGGGAGCAGGUGGGUAAAGUGUCUUGCCCAAGGACACAACGGCAGUGACUAGGAUGGCAGAAGCGGGAAUCGAACCUGCAACCCUCAAGUUGCUGGCACGGCUGCUCUACCAACCGAGCUAUACCGCCCCACCUUUAUAUAGACCUCUUACGUCACAGUCCUACGGCAACUCUGGAGAGACAAAACUCCUCUUUACCUAACAUUUCUCUGAUAACUUGGGACACCCUGAACUGUUUGUUACAAUACUUACGCGUUGCACUAUAUAUUUUUACGUACUCUUAAAAAUUCUCGUUGCAUUCGUGGUAAAAUACUUGCACCACCGUUGCCGGAAUUUUACAAUAUUUUUUUUUUUUUUACAUUAAAGAUUCUGGCAACGGCGCUGCGAGUUUUGUAUUGUCAUUGGUAUAUUGUAUGACUUGAUGGAUAAUACAUGUCAAGUAGAUAAGAUUUAAUUAUUUAUUUAUAUUUUAAUGCAUUUUGUAGAAAGUACAUUUGUUGCAUUGGAUAUCUAAGUAAAACAUAUUUGCAACUGCAAGUCGUACAUGUAUUUUUUCCCUUUAAAAAUGGAAAUAAGGAUGCAUAUUAUUACCAGGCUUACACAGGCCGUGUAAAAUAGUGUGGCCCCCAUGCCUGGAGUUUGACAUCUGUGUCUAAGGAGAUGUUUUGCCUCUCUUCUGAGUAGGCUACAUCUUGUUUUAAGACUUGGAUUGGUCUCAUCUAGUCCUGAACUUAGACUAGAUGGGACUGAUUCAAGUCUAAGACUAGAUGUGACCAAUCCAA